UUAGGUCAUGACUUCUGUUCUCUCCUGCCUCGGCUUGGUACUUGACCUGGCAUCUUCUUCCACAUCGACCAUUACAUCAAACUAGCAGACCGAUAUCCAGCGUUGUCUUUACGUUUUCGGGCUUUCAAAAGCCUUUGACCGCGUCAGUCCCGCGCUUCCGGCCACUUCUUAGUGUAUCUCGCUAUUCCUGUUCUUCGGUCAGCACGGUCUUCCUCAGCCUUGACGUCCGACCUAGAAGUCUAGAAGGCACCACUGGAGCGUUUCACAUAACUGCGCAUUAACCCCACGAGCGUCCUACUAUUAACUUUCGAUACCCACUUGCCUUCAACAUCCCCAGAUCAGUCGCCGUUGCUACCGCCGAGCCUUCGCUACGAUCACACGACCGACUAUUCCGCCUCCAGUCCCAUCUAUCGGGAUCUAACCAACACAUGGCUGUUGCUGCCACCACAUACUAGAUUGGAUUCGUAUGAAUUGCCCAAGGGAGAAAGGGUGCUCUCUCGUCAACGACGUCGAGCAUACCUUCGAACCGCGCGUGCCGGUCUUUAUGGUCGACGAUGGUUUCGAAGCAGAGGCAAUGGCGGUGAGUGCCUUGGGUGCCCACCAUGAUGCUCGACAACUGGUCCGCCUUAUACAAUGUCCCCGGUGCUCCCAUCCUCUCAAAACUCCGGUGACAUUGCCGUGCUCGCACACAGUAUGCCGCAGGUGUUUGCCAGAACCUCGACCACGCACAAAUAUCUCCUAUCCAAAUACCCCGGAUCGUUUGAUGGGAAUCGCAUGUCCACUUGUCGGAUGCGGGGCAGAGCAUGCUGCCGCGGAGUGCUCAGUCGAUGUGACGUUGACUAAGCUGAUGGAGCUGGUUGCACAAGAGAUAGCGCAGCACAGGCCAUCAUCCGAAGACUCGCCUACCUUACUCAAAGAGAUUGUACAACAAGAUGAGAUGGAAGAUGAUGGCGGUGAGAAAGAAGAGGAGCAGAUCUGCGAAAAGAGUCAUCAGCAAGUGCUACAUGGCGGCCGUCUCAUAUCGACGUAUGACAUGGCCGAGGCGGGUCAGCUUCGAUUCAGCUCUGACGUGGAAUACUCGUCACUAUCACCGAAUGGAGCCGAUUACGAGGAUUUGGACAUGAAAGUUCUCGAACGCCUGCGAGAAGUCACAUAUCAGGAACUAGACUGUCUUGUCUGUUAUAACACAAUGCUGGAACCAACAACGACCACUUGCGGUCAUACCUUCUGUCGUCGUUGUCUGGCACGUGUUAUGGAUCACAGCAACAUCUGUCCGUUCUGCCGAAGGAACUUACAGGUCUCUGCGUCUUUACAGACAAGCCAAUGCAGCAACGUCAUCUUGAAUUCUCUCCUGAAUGGCUUGUGCCCGGAUCUUGUCGCUGCCCGCGCCGCCGCAGUAAAAACCGAGGAGCAGGCUGGCGAUGAGGUCCUGAGCACACCAUUGUUCAUAUGCACCUUGGCAAUGCCUGCCAUGCCGACGUUUCUUCAUGUCUUCGAACCUCGGUAUCGUCUGAUGAUGAGGCGUGUCCUGGAAGGCAACAGGCAAUUCGGGAUGGUGAUGUAUAAUCGCACAUCAUCGGCGCAAGGUGAUUUGGGCACAGUACCCUUCCUCGAAUACGGUACUUUACUGGAGAUCGUUAACUACGAACUCCUUCGCGACGGCCGUAGCUUCGUGGAAACCCGAGGUAUCGGUCGUUUCAGAGUCCGUGCUCAUGGCAUGCUUGACGGCUACAAUGUCGCCAAUGUUGAGCGGGUCGAGGAUGUGUCUCUCACUGAAGAGGGAGCCGUGGAGCAACGUGAAACAACCAUGGCGCGAUUGUUCGCAGAAUCGCAUUUCCGAGAAGCACCACAAACCCAGCUUCCUACAGAUAUAGCUAUAGAGACGCUGUCUACACAACAGCUCCUAGACACCUGCACAGCAUUUGUCCGAGAAAUGAGAGAAGCUAGUGCGCCAUGGCUGCGUGAGCGUAUCAUUCAGGUUUAUGGAGAACCACCCGAGGACCCCGCUCUUUUUCCGUAUUGGUUCGCAUCCGUCGUUCCAGUGCUGGAAGAAGAGAAAUACGUGCUCUUGCGGACGACGCGAGUUCGCCAGCGUCUAAAGAUCGUGUAUUCAUGGAUUGGAAGGAUACGUGGGCAACGUUGGGCCUCUGGCAGCGCCUGCAACAUCCUUUGACUCGCGGUUGUGCUCAUCAGUCUUGGUCUCAGUGUCCUGACAGCCGCACGACUUCCGCCUCAACCCACUUGAUAAGGUGGUUCAACUUCUCUACCAAUCUCGGCUUUUGGUUACAACUUAAGAUUGCUCGUAUGAUUUCCCAUUUGCUAAUCGCUAUAUUGCAGCAUUUUGUUUGAUUUCACUU